AUGAAGAAAUACUCAAGAAAUAUGAGCAAGGGCUUGACUAACGCUGACAACAAUAAUGGUCUCAUCGCCUCAAAUGAUUACAAGAUUGUGUAUGUGUUUGAAGAUUUAAUGGACAAUACAGCAUGUGAAGUCAGUGAUAACAAUCAUGCAGUAAAUGAACUCCUCAAUGAAAAUGAAUGCAAUGGCACAUUUACUGCAGAUUGUUUGUCAACUACAAAUUUUAGAUUAGAAACAACAGGUCAGGCAGAAGAGGCUAGAUCGUCGUUUCAACAAGAACCUCAAUUAGUAUUACAAAUUUUAAGUGAAUUACAACAAAAUAUUAUCUAUGAAAAGAUUAAUAAAUUCAACAUUUUUCGCACAGAUAUUUUUAACUGUUGUGUAAAAGCAAUGUGA